CCGCACCCUACAACCAUAACCUACACAGCACACGCGAUCUCCAUACUCAGCAUGGGCAUCCUAGACAAUCCAUGGAAAGCUAUCGACGACAUCAGCAAAGCAGCAUCGCAACAUAUCGGGCCCGCAGCAGCAGAAGCCUGGAAGCACGUGGACAAGCUUAGUAAAGAAGCUGCAGCCCACGCCGGCCCAGCCGCAGAAGAAGCCCUCAAACACGCAAAAGCGUUUACCCAAGAUACCGCUGCGCCCGCAUACAAGCGCCUGGAGACGGCGGCGAAAGACGCUUCCCGCCAUGUUGGAGAUUUCGACUGGACGUCUCUGACUCGUUUUGGUGAAGAUACGGGCAAACUUGUUGGGGCCACGGCAGACGAGGUAUGGACUUCGCUGCUGAGCGGACAGAUGCUCGAUGCCGUGAGUCAGAAAGGUGGUUCCAUGUUCGAAAACGUGCGAGAGCAUGUACCCGGUUUGGGCGAUAGGGUCGUUGCGUGGAUUGUACAGCAUCCCAAGGAAGCCGCUGCGCUUGUGGCAUGCAUCCUCGCUGCUCCAGCUGCCAUGGCUGUCACGCCCGCCGCCUUGGGGCUUGCUGGUUUUACUGCCGGGGGGACGGUUGCUGGAUCUCUUGCUGCUGCAGCGCAGGCUGGCAUAGGACAUGUAGCUAUUGGGAGCUUGUUCGCUGUGCUGCAGAGUGCUGGGGCUGGUGGUUCAGGUCUUAUUGCUGUCAAGGCAGUUGCUGGAAGCUCGGUUAUGACGGGAACUUGCAGUGCUGCGGCUGUGAGCUUUCUGGAGGCCAUGAAGAAGGGAAAGAAUGGCGAGGAUAGAGAGAAGUAGAUGAUUACAAACAGCUUGGAUGAGAUUGUGCGGGGAAUUUGACCUGACACACUGAGGACAGCUCAGUUCCUGUCGUGUUUAGACUAGAAAUUUAUCUUCAGAUGAUUGACGCCUGAAGGGAUAAUAGUGUGGUUCAAAGUUAGUUCGGAUAUUACAAGUCCGUGGAGACACAU